AUGAAUCCAAUAAAUCCAAACACUUUAUUUGGUGGUAGAUGGUAUGAAAUAGUUGACAGUUUUCCAUUCUACACUAAUACGCAGUCAAUGAAGAUGGGAGGUUCAAAGAAAAUAGGUAUUGAAAACCUUCCUUCACAUAUGCAUAGGUUCAGUGGAAGAACAUCUGUGGAAGGAAACCAUUCACAUUCAAUGACAAAAAGAGGUUAUACAAAUCUUGCAGCAGGUUCGGAUAGACAGGGAAUGCAUAGAUAUGAUAUUUCAAGUGACCCAGUAGAUUCAAGCACAGGUAUUUUCUGUGGAACUGCAGGAAAUCAUACACAUGUUGUAGCUGGCAUUACAGACCCAGCAGGUAAUGGAAAAGAUUAUAUGCCUCCUUAUAUAACAAUGCACGCUUGGAUACGAGUUGGUUAA